AUGGGCCCACUCACCUACUCACCCAACAAGGCAACAACUUGUCCAUUUGGACCUCAGUCUUUAGAUCUACCACGGCAACAAACCAUUUUCCCUAUAAAUAAUGCCUAUAACCUCUUCGCAAAAUCGCGUCAUCAACUCCUCUCUAUCUCUAACGCACUCUACAAGGAACCAGUACCUGUGACCCCUCGCUUCUCCCUCUUCCGGAAGAACAAUGGCGUCUCACAUUGUUGGAUACCCCCUGCUGAGGACUUGCAGAAGGUGGCAGCCGACCUCAGGAUAUCCAUCUGGAAGCAGAUGACUGAUGCUGGCAUCAAGUACAUCCCCAGCAAUACAUUCUCUUAUUAUGAUCAGGUUCUUGACACCACUGCAAUGCUUGGUGCCGUCCCCACGAGGUACAGCUGGACUGGUGGUGAAAUUGGAUUCGAUACUUAUUUCUCCAUGGCCAGAGGAAAUGCUUCUGUGCCUGCUAUGGAAAUGACCAAGUGGUUUGACACAAACUACCAUUUCAUUGUCCCUGAAUUGGGACCUGAUGUGAAGUUCUCCUAUGCUUCUCACAAGGCUGUGGACGAAUACAAGGAGGCUAAGUCGCUUGGUGUAGAUACAGUUCCAGUACUUAUUGGCCCUGUCACAUACCUAUUACUCUCAAAACCUGCAAAGGGUGUUGAGAAAACAUUCCCUCUUCUUUCUCUUCUUGACAAAAUCCUUCCUAUCUACAAGGAAGUAAUUUCCGAGUUGAAGGCUGCUGGUGCUUCAUGGAUUCAGUUUGAUGAACCUACCCUAGUGAAAGACCUUGAGUCUCACCAAUUGGAAGCAUUCACGAAGGCCUAUGCUGAACUGGAAUCGUCCCUAUCUGGCCUUAAUGUUCUCAUUGAGACCUACUUUGCUGAUGUCCCAGCAGAUGCAUUCAAAACACUUACUGCUCUAAAGGGAGUUAGCGCUUUUGGUUUUGACUUGGUUCGUGGAACCCAGACUCUCGAACUGAUAAAGGGUGGAUUUCCAUCGGGCAAGUACCUGUUUGCCGGAGUGGUUGAUGGAAGGAAUAUUUGGGCAAAUGAUCUUGCUUCAUCUCUCAGCAUCCUGCAAACUCUGGAAGGCAUUGUAGGAAAAGGCAAGCUUGUUGUCUCCACGUCUAGUUCACUUCUCCACACUGCUGUUGAUCUCGUCAAUGAAACUAAGUUGGACACAGAAAUAAAAUCAUGGCUUGCAUUUGCUGCCCAAAAGGUUGUUGAAGUAAAUGCUUUGGCAAAGGGAUUGGCUGGUCAGAAGGAUGAGGCAUUCUUUUCUGCUAAUGCUGAAGCUCAGGCUUCCAGGAAAUCCUCUCCCAGGGUGAAUAAUGAAGCCGUCCAGAAAGCUGCUGCUGCUUUGAAGGGUUCUGACCACCGACGUGCUACAAAUGUUAGUGCUAGGCUAGACACCCAACAAAAGAAGCUUAAUCUUCCUAUUCUCCCAACCACAACUAUCGGUUCCUUCCCUCAGACCAUUGAACUCAGAAGAGUUCGACGUGAAUACAAGGCCAAGAAGAUAUCCGAGGAAGAAUAUGUUAAUGCAAUCAAAGAGGAAAUCAGCAAAGUUGUCAAGAUCCAGGAAGAGCUUGAUAUUGAUGUUCUGGUUCAUGGAGAACCUGAGAGGAACGAUAUGGUUGAGUACUUCGGAGAGCAAUUGUCUGGUUUUGCCUUUACUGCUAAUGGGUGGGUGCAAUCUUAUGGAUCUCGCUGUGUGAAGCCCCCAAUCAUUUAUGGUGAUGUGAGUCGUCCCAAGCCAAUGACUGUCUUCUGGUCCACUGCUGCCCAGAGCAUGACCAAGCGCCCGAUGAAGGGAAUGCUUACUGGCCCUGUUACCAUUCUCAACUGGUCUUUUGUUCGAAAUGACCAGCCAAGAUUCGAAACUUGCUAUCAGAUUGCUUUGGCCAUUAAGGAUGAAGUGGAGGAUCUCGAGAAGGCAGGCAUCACUGUUAUCCAAAUUGAUGAGGCUGCAUUGAGAGAAGGCUUGCCCCUUAGGAAGUCCGAGCAUGCAUUCUACUUGGAUUGGGCCGUCCACUCUUUCAGAAUCACCAAUGUUGGCGUUCAGGACACGACCCAGAUCCACACCCACAUGUGCUACUCUAACUUCAAUGAUAUCAUCCACUCUAUUAUUGACAUGGACGCUGAUGUGAUCACCAUUGAGAACUCUCGUUCUGAUGAGAAGCUCCUUUCAGUUUUCCGUGAGGGAGUGAAGUAUGGUGCUGGAAUUGGCCCAGGUGUUUACGAUAUCCACUCGCCCAGAAUACCAUCAACAGAAGAAAUUGCUGACAGAAUUAACAAGAUGCUUGCAGUGCUCGAAACCAACAUCUUGUGGGUUAACCCCGACUGUGGUCUCAAAACUCGUAAGUACGCUGAAGUGAAGCCGGCCCUACAGAACAUGGUUGCCGCUGCCAAGCAACUCCGGACACAACUUGCCAGUGCCAAGUGA